GCGAUCUUCAAACAUUUCAACCACAAUGGCCGAAUCAUCACCUUCGAAACAAAACUUAACCUUUGACCCCUACGAAUUCCUCAAAAUCAAACUCAAUCCAAACGGUUCCCUAACAAGAAACUAUGUUGUCCCCACCGUACCACCAUCCUCCGAUCCCAAUAACUCUCCUCCGCAACCCGCUCUCUCUAAAGACAUUAUCCUAAAUGCUUCCACAAAAACAUCGAUUCGUCUCUUUAUUCCAAACCCUCCACCGGCUUCUUCCUCCGGUAAACUCCCCCUCAUUCUCUAUUUCCACGGAGGCGGUUUCAUCAUGUACCACCCUUCCUCCCUCAUCUUCCACCAAUCAUGUUCCACAUUUGCUGCUGAAAUCCCUGUCGUUGUUGCCUCUGUUGAUUAUCGUCUCACACCUGAGCAUCGUCUUCCCGCCGCAUAUGACGACGCUGUUGAAUCUCUUCUUUGGAUCAAAUCCCAAGCUCAAAAUCCAAAUGAAUCUGAUCCAUGGAUUAGAGACCACGUGGACUUUACCAAAUGCUUCUUAAUGGGAAAUAGCGCGGGAGGUAACAUCGCCUAUUUCACGUCUCUUCGUGCUCUAGAUCUCGAUCUCUCUCCUAUUAAGAUCGAAGGACUCUUAUUAAACUCUCCAUUUUUUGGUGGGGUCCAAAGGACGGAAUCUGAGCUCCGUUUGAUUAAUGAUCAUAUAUUACCGUUACCUGCGGGUGAUCUCAUGUGGACCCUAUCUUUGCCCGAGGGUGCGGAUCGUGACCACGUGUAUUGUAAUCCAACGGUUUCAGAUGUAGUAUACGGUGAGAAGAUCGGACAGCUGCCGAGGACUUUUAUUAAUGGCUACGGUGGAGAUCCAUUGGUGGAUAAGCAAAAGGAGGUAGCGAAGAUUUUGGAAGCACAUGGGGUGCCCGUGGAGCCCUAUUUUUGUGAGGAUGGGUAUCAUGCUGUGGAAAUAUUUGAUCGUUCUAAGGCACAAGCUUUGGUUGAUUAUGUUAAGAAAUUUAUACUCUCUACGGUUCCUCCUCAAUCCUCUAUGUAAAACUUUAUUCUAGGACUAGGAUGUAUUAUUACAGUUUUGUUAAAUACACUAGAAGGAAAAUUUCUCAUUGACGGAUGAUCCCAUUAUAUAUAUGCACAAAUAAAUGUAUUUAGUCUAAAUUUUGAACAAAAUAAAUCAAGUUUCUUU